AUGGCGACGCAGCCGCCCUCCUCCGCCGCUGCCGCGGUUGACCUCUAUGAGACGGCCUCGCAGCCGGACGCCUCCGCCGCCGGCGACGCCUACACUUUUCUCGAGUUCAACACGCAGGGGGACGACUUCGAUUACCCCGACUUCCCAGAGCUCUCCCAACCGCCGCCUCGAUCCACGCCGCUAACGUCCUCCGUCCCCAGCGCCGGCGCGUCGUCCUCGUCGUGGCCUGCCCCGCCGCCGCCGCAGUCCGACGCGGCCUCCCCGGAACCCGAUCUCACGCCUCAGGACGUCCCCACCCCGCCGGCCUCCUCCUCCUCGCCGUCGCCGCGGUCCGCCUCCAAGGCGCGCUCGUCGGCUGCGGCGGAUGGGCUCGCCUCCGGGGUUGCCGCACUCAGCUUCGAGGAGCCUGUAGGAGCCGGCGCCGGGGAGGACGGGUACGACUACGGCAAGGGAGACUUCGUGGAACACGCCUGCCGGUACUGCGGGAUCCACAACCCUGCGUGCGUGGCGAGGUGCAACGUGCCCUCCUGCCGCAAGUGGUUCUGUAACUCGCGGGGGAACACCUCUGGCUCCCACAUUGUCAAUCACCUGGUUAGGGCAAAGCAUAAGGAAGUGUGCCUUCACAAGGAUAGCCCUUUGGGAGAAACAAUUCUCGAAUGCUACAACUGUGGUUGUCGGAAUGUAUUUCUUCUUGGGUUUAUCUCAGCAAAGUCAGAAAAUGUUGUCGUUCUAUUAUGCAGAGAGCCAUGUUUAAGUGUUAAUGCACUGAAGGAUAUGAAUUGGGAUCUCAGCCAGUGGUGCCCACUUAUCGAUGACAGGUGUUUCUUGUCGUGGCUUGUAAAGGUACCUUCAGAGCAGGAGCAGCUAAGAGCUCGCCAAAUUAGUGCUCAGCAAAUUAACAAAGUGGAAGAGCUCUGGAAGACAAAUCCUGAUGCAUCUCUUGAAGAUCUUGAAAAGCCUGGUGUAGAUGAUGAACCUCAGUCAGUUGUUUUGAAGUAUGAAGAUGCUUACCAGUACCAAAAUGUUUUUGCGCCACUGAUAAAGCUUGAGGCUGAUUAUGACAAGAUGAUGAAAGAGUCACAGAGCAAGGAUAAUGUAACUGUCCGGUGGGAUAUUGGGUUGAACAAGAAGCGUGUAGCUUACUUUGUCUUUCCAAAGGAAGACAAUGAGUUGAGGCUUGUGCCUGGAGAUGAGCUACGCUUGAGAUAUCCUGGUGAUAGCUCUCAUCCCACAUGGCAAUCUGUGGGACAUGUGAUUAAGCUCACUGCACAAGAGGAGGUGGCACUUGAGCUUCGUGCUAGUCAGGGGGUGCCUACUGAGCUAAACGUUGGAUUCAGUGUGGAUUUUGUUUGGAAGAGUACCAGUUUUGAUAGGAUGCAAGGAGCGAUGAAAACUUUUGCUGUGGAUGAGACAAGUGUCAGUGGAUACAUAUACCAUCACCUUUUGGGACAUGAAGUUGAGCAUCAAAUAAUACGCAAUACCCUGCCAAGACGCUUUGGUGCACCUGGACUUCCAGAACUAAAUGCUUCCCAGGUUUUAGCAGUUAAAAGUGUCCUGCAGAAGCCAGUUAGUUUGAUUCAAGGUCCACCUGGCACUGGAAAAACUGUCACAUCUGCUGCAAUUGUGUAUCACAUGGCAAAACAAGGUCAAGGACAGGUUCUUGUAUGUGCCCCAAGUAAUGUUGCAGUUGAUCAGCUGGCAGAGAAGAUAAGCUCAACCGGUCUCAAGGUUGUCAGGCUGUGUGCAAAAUCUAGAGAAGCUGUUUCGUCUCCUGUUGAGCAUCUGACACUUCAUUAUCAGGUUAGGCACCUUGAUACCUCUGAAAAGAGUGAAUUGCACAAGCUACAGCAACUGAAAGAUGAACAAGGUGAAUUGUCCAGCAGUGAUGAGAAGAAGUACAAGGCACUAAAGCGUGCCACUGAAAGAGAGAUACUGCAGAGUGCCGAUGUCAUUUGUUGCACCUGUGUUGGUGCUGGAGAUCCUCGUCUUUCAAACUUUCGUUUCCGACAAGUUCUUAUUGAUGAGUCCACACAGGCAACAGAACCUGAAUGCCUUAUUCCUUUGGUGCUUGGUGUCAAGCAGGUUGUCCUUGUCGGAGAUCAUUGUCAACUGGGUCCAGUCAUCAUGUGCAAAAAAGCAGCCCGUGCAGGGUUAGCACAAUCUCUCUUUGAACGCCUUGUUAUCCUUGGAGUGAAGCCAUUCAGGCUACAGGUCCAGUAUAGAAUGCAUCCUUGCCUCUCAGAGUUUCCAUCCAACUGCUUCUAUGAAGGCACACUGCAAAAUGGAGUGACUGUUAAUGAGAGGCAAUCGUCUGGAAUUGAUUUUCCUUGGCCUGUUCCAAAUCGGCCUAUGUUCUUCUAUGUGCAGAUGGGACAAGAAGAGAUCAGUGCUAGUGGGACAUCGUAUCUCAAUAGAACUGAAGCUGCAAAUGUUGAAAAAAUUGUAACAACAUUUUUAAGAAGUGGUGUUGUACCAAGCCAGAUUGGAGUUAUCACACCUUAUGAAGGACAAAGGGCAUACAUCGUAAAUUACAUGUCAAGGAAUGGCUCUCUUCGCCAACAACUUUACAAGGAAAUCGAGGUUGCUAGUGUAGACUCAUUUCAGGGUAGAGAGAAAGACUACAUUAUUCUAUCUUGUGUUAGAAGCAAUGAGCACCAGGGAAUUGGGUUUCUCAAUGAUCCGCGCAGGUUAAAUGUUGCGUUAACUCGUGCACGUUAUGGCAUAGUUAUUCUUGGUAAUCCAAAAGUACUAAGCAAGCAGCCACUUUGGAAUAGCUUGUUGACACAUUACAAGGAGCAUGAGUGCUUGGUAGAAGGGCCUUUGAACAACUUAAAGCAGAGUAUGGUGCAAUUUCAGAAGCCAAAAAAGAUAUAUAAUGACCGGAGAUUGUUCCUGGGCGGUGGUCAAGGUGUUAUGCAUGGGGCUGGGGCCUCAAGCCAAGCAGCAGAUAAGAGAAGUGGCAGGGGGAAAGGACAAUCAUUUGUUCCUUAUGGCCCUCCAAAUGGGGUGCAUAAGCCUGGUGUGCACCCAGCAGGCUAUGCUGUACCUCGUAUGCCUUUUCCUCCAUUUCCUGGGGCUCCACAUUCUCAACCAUAUGCGAUUCCGACCCGGGGUUUGCAUGGGCCCAUUGGAGCUGUUCCACCGUUGCAUCAACCUGGAAGUAGAAACUUUGGGGCGCCUCGUUCAAGUACUGGUGGGCCUAUUGGUGGUCACCUUGCUCAUCAACAGAACUCCCAGCAAGCUAUGGGGGGCAUUGGGUCAAACUUUAACUACGCUGGCAUGGAGAAUCCGAGUAGUCAGCCUUCUGGUGGAGCCCAAAUGUCCCAAACCGGAUUAAUGACACAGAUGCCUGUCCAAGGACUAAGUCAAACAUUCCGUGAUGGUUUUUCCAUUGGUGGGAUGUCUCAGGACUUCUUUGUAGAUGAUUUUAAGAGCCAAGGAUCACAUGUGCCAUACAACAUUGCAGAAUUUUCUACCCAGGCUUCUCAAGGCGGUUAUGGCGUUGAGUUUACUCAAGCGCCCCAAUCUGGAUACUCUGGGAGUUAUAUGAACCAAAAUGCACAUCCUGGAUACUCCCAUAUUGGUACAACAAACGACAUUGUAUCUCAGGAUCACAUGGCCCAUGGAUCUCAUGGAAUGUUUACACAAGCGGGAUAUAAUGAUCCCUCACAAGAUGAGUCAUCUCAGAUUCAUUAUGGAAUGGCUGCCGCUGCCCCCCUACAGUCGCAGUUCACUACCCGCUUUGACCACAAGAGGGGUCAUAUUGUGCAUCGAGAGGUUGAUGGCACUACCCUCAUCCCUCACCUGUAUAGAAAGGCAAUCGGGGCCUAUAAUGCUUCUGUUGCCAUCGAGCCAGAUCGGAGAAAUGAGUUUAUCGAGACGACAGCUUCAUCAUGA